AAUAUCAUUAUUUGCAGAACUUUUGUUGAUAUACAAUCAUGGGGAAAACGAAUAAUAAAGAUACGCCCCAGAAAGCUCCAACUCAUGUUGUUGCCCUAUAUGAUCAUUUACCGACAGAAGAUGACAUAUUCAACGUGAGCGAACCUAGUUUUGUUGUUCCUGAUGCCAGCGUUCACUUGACCAUGAAGAAAGGAGAGAUUUUUGAAGUAAUUGGAGAAAUUAACUGGUGGUUAUUUGUUAAAUCUCAAGACCAAACUGGUUAUGUACCCAGUUAUCUCAUGGUACCAGUGAAAUAUGAUCAACUAACAGCAGAUGAGUAAGUUUUCAGCUACAGUACAAUUUUCAUACUACAGGAACUUGAUAGGCUACAGUGUUAGAUUUAGCGAUUGGAAACAAGGGAAAAGGAAGAGGUGGAAGUUAGUGACUGGUUAUGAGUUUAGUUAUCUCAUGGUACCAGUUAAAUAUGAUCAACUCAUGCAUAGCUGAUGAGUAAGUUUGAAUGCAGCUAGAUUACAAUUGUGUAUAUGGUACUGUGAGAACUUGAUAUUAGAAAGAUUUAACAAUAGAAAAGAAGGAAAAACAACGGGGUAUAAAGGUGAGGAACGCUAACUGGUUAUGAGUCCAAAUAUCAAGUGAUAUAGCUGUUGAGUAAGUUUGAAUGCAGCUAGAAUACAAUUAUGUAUAUGGUACGUAACCUACUGUGAGAACUUGAUAUUAGAAUCGCAGAAAGAUUUAGCAAUAGAAAAGAAGGAAAUACGAAGGGAUAUAAAUGUGAGGAACGUUAACUGGUUAUGAGUCCAAGUAUCAACUUAUAGCUGAUUUUAGUAAGUUUUAUUGGAGUUAGGACACUGAGUUAUCGUACUGUAAAAACUUGAUAUUCGAAUGUCGAGAAUAUGUACAGGUCGGAUGCGAAUGCUUUAUAUUACUUAAAAUAUAUACUGUAUGCAUAUUUAGUAUAAUAAAGUUUCGUGAUGAAUUAUUAAUGAUAAUACAGUAUGUUAAUUACUUUUUAUAACUACAUCUGCCAAACAACACUGGACAGAAUUUUGAAAAUCCAUAGCAUGGAAAUUGUAUGGAUCUUUAUUGGAAAUAGAAUGGAUUUUUGAUUAUCCAUAAUAAUUGUAUAAAAAAUUCCAUACUAUACUUUGGGUUUAGUGGUGCAAUUGCAAAUCUCAUAGUAUGGAUUUCACAUUUUUUCCCCUGUGCAAAACGUUGGUAAUGAUAACAUAGUUUAUUCAUGUAGCCUCAAAGUUUUAUCCCAUGGUGGAGACGUUCCUUCAUCUGCAAUUGAUACUGAAGUGGAUUUAAAAUAUUUUCCUGAUGCCCUCUGUGAAAAGGACAUUGAACUUCGUCGAGUAUGUAUCUGGAUUAUAAAAUCUUCAAACACUGUAUUAUCCAAGAAAAUAUAAAUGUAGGAGGCUUAUAAACGUGCGUGAUGUAUUUAUUGACCUGCGUCAACUGAAAGAGUUAGAAGCAUGCUAAAUAAUGCCAGAUUAACAGCAAUAGACUGUACUGUUUUAAAAUUGCACUCUUGCCCCAACGUCCUCGUUUUCAUGUGGUUAUUUCCUUGUGUUUCGUGCACAAUAGGUUAAUGAUGAUUUUUUACGUAAUUGGACUCACGAUCAAAGAGAAACGUAUUCGCGCACGAAACAUAGGGUCAUAGGGAUAUAACCUUCAUGUGCGUCUGCUAUGCUAAAAUAGACAAACAUGGGAACGAGGUCAUUGGAGCGAAAGUGCAAUAAACAGUACAAUCUAUUUGUGUUGAUAAUUGUUGGGUAGACGGUCCCUUCUGAGCCACUCCGUUAGUGUCGGUCACUGGUCUUGUUCUGGUAAUUCUUUCUUAAUGCAUUUUUGUGUAUUGACGCAGGAAAUCUGUCCUGAAGAAAACGCCAAUAUAUUCUCACGUUUGACAAUGUGGUGGUUGACAGGGUAAUUACAUGUUGUUUUUUACUUGCUUGACAAUUUAGUUUAUAUGUAUAUUUAGUAUCGUGGACCGAGAUCGGGUUUCCGAGAAAAUCCUUAUUUACGGGUCAGUUUAACGUGCAGUCUCACUGAUCCAAAUCAUGAUUGUGUGUGCAUAAUAUUUGAAUCAUUCCGGCUGAGAAGAAAUGCAAUAUAUCUGUAAAAACCUCAUUUUCAGCCGCCUCUUUACUGUAAAUUGUCAAAAAUUUGGGACAUAAUAACCAUUAGAUGAAUUUUUUAAGCAAACAACGAAGGGAAAAUAAUUCGAAAUUCAUCUAAUUAUUGACACCAUAUCCGGAAACUUUUACAGUGAAAGAAAAAUUAUCAAAAAGAGGCUUGUUAUAAAAAUAUUUAUUAAGACAUAGGAAACUGUUUACUAUACAUGCAGAGAGAUGUCCGUGAGGAAGAGUUCGUUUGUACCAGCGUUUGUGGUGCCAUGGGCGCCACGAUUGCCUUUCAAGCUCGGAGACCUGGGUUCAAUAUCUUGGUCAGACCUCUAUUCAAGAUCUUAAAAUUAUUGAUGAGAAGUGCGUAGCUAUACAUUGACAACAGUAAAUGGUUAGGCUUUCGCGUCUUCUCAGAUAAGAACGUUAAAAUCGUAAGUACCUCGGAUCCCCUAUCAAUUGGAAAAUCCGCUAACCAAUGAGUGAGAAACGCUAUAAACUCAAACUCACAUAUUUAUAUUCUAUAGUUAUGCCUGGUAUAACCCAUGUAUGACUAGUCAAUUUUUCUUUACUUAAUUCUAGCUUGAUUUACAAAGGUUUUAAAAGGCCAUUAACUGAUGAUGACUUAUGGGGUCUGAGUGAUUAUAAUAGUUCCAAAGAUAUAGUCCCAAAAUUUCUCGAAGCAUGGUCGAAGGAAGAAGCAAAAGUUGCAGCAUUAAAGUGAGUACAGCAAAAUGUCAGCGAAAUGUCAGCGAAAUGUUGUAAAAAUAAUGUCGGCCACAUGUCGGAACGCUGCGGAUUGAAAGGGAUUCAACUCCCUGAAAAAUGCAUUGUCAAGUAAAACUUCGACGUUUUGCUUGUAUUUUUCAGGUAGUUGAAUCCCUUUAAAUCCGCAACUUUCUGGUGUUAUUGUCACUACCUACAACGCUUGGCACACACCGUUCGGACCAUAUAAUUUAUGUUGUUUUAUUAAGAAAUACCUUGUAAGGCAAACAUGCAAGUGUCGUUUGUUCGUUAUUUGGUUUGUAACUUUGUAUGCUUUUGUCCAUACAUAACAACUUUCCCCCUGUAGACCCCAGGAGAAAAGUCCCAAGUCUUCAUGCAUCAAGCCAAGAGAAGUUGCAAUUUAAUUCUCAUAGUUUGUAUAUAGACUACAGUCAGAGGUUCCAGAACUGUGAGGUCUUUCUUCGAACUAUAUCUGCAUGUAAUGAUGUAGAAUUUUCCAAUAUGAAGCGGUUAACAUUUUUUCCCAAGGGAUGGCGAGUUAGUUGAUUGGCGCCACUUUUGUUAUUGGCUUAGGCGUUUGUUGUAUUCUUGAUGUAUCUUUAGUAAAUAUCGAGAUUUUUGAGCAUCUUGCUCGGCAGAACUAACAGUUGAAAGAUUUUGUCGAUGGAAAUUUCGAGCGAAAGAUUAUAUAGACCCAUUAAUCGAUUAUAUAUUAGAUUAUAUUUAUAAUUAUAUAAUAGAUUAUACAGACCCAUAGAUUCUUAGAGUGUCCUCCAGAUGCUCCCUAACAAUAUUUGUUCGGGUACAACAACCACAUGCAUUAUGUAACAGGGAUAUUUUCAAGCACUUUUCUACUACCGGUAUACGGUAGUAAAUACUAAAUCUUCAAUUGAGUUUUGAAACUCAAUCUCCCUCUACAAUGAUUUUUUUUCACAAUUUGAUUUUUUUUUUAAUGCAAAUGUUCCAUUAUCAACUUUCUUUCUGUGCUCUACAGCUAGCUGAUGGCCAAACUAGACUUUGAAAAUCCCAUUUCCGACGAUCUAGAGACUUCAAAGUUUCAAAAUUUUUCCGCUCGGCCCCAACCAUGUUGGCGCCUCGUGCAACUCCCACUUCCAAAAUGUAAACACGUAAAAAGUUGGUCCCGAAAUACUUUACACCCCUCCAAAAUAUUUUGGAAUGUGCGCCCCCGAACACAAAAUUUUUUAACGUCGUCCUCCCCCAAAAGAAACUCGAUCUUCUUCUGAAAAACGGUAUUAGCCUAAAGUGCUUGAAAAUAUCCCUGCCAUACAGCGCAAAAAAUCAAUUGCCAAAAUUUGCUUUGUUUACAAAAGUUAUAUUAUGCGUAGAAUUUGUCCUCCAGAUGCAUUGUCACAGGCGCUGUGACGUCAUGUGCAAUGGGUCCAUACGUACAAUUUUUAGACCUACACCAGGGCGUCUAUAGUUGCAUUUUUCGCAGCUGCUCCUGGUUAGGCCUAAAAAUUGUAUGCAGUUCUAUCGAGCGAGAUGUCCACAAAUCUCGAUAUUUAAAUCUCGAUAUUUACCCAUACCAUACACUAUUUUAUGCGGGUGCUCUGGUUUCCUCCCACGGGGAAAGUUGACCGUGUGGGUUAGGAUAAAUACAGUUAAGAAAGUAAUAUCACCGAUUGUUGUAAAGAUAAAAUAGUCUGGGCGUAGUAAUGUUAAUCACAAUCGUAUUCCCUGAUAUUAACGCGGAUUUUACGCAAUAAUGGGCCUUUGUAUAACCAAGGCCGGAUUUUGGUGGAACACUGGGAGAGGUGAAAAACAAUUACUAAGAGGAAGUGCAGCGGUCUAGUCCACGGCCCCCAUGGGAUGUUAGGGCUUAGAACAUGGUUCAACCACCUAAAGUUGACUGCGUGACCAAUGUAUGCACUGUACAGAUGUAUCGAUGUAUUUAUGAGUUAUAACCGUACGAUUCAUCCAAUUUUGCCCUUCAUUACAUUGGCACAAAAUCUCUUUCGAAACAUCGAUUUAAAAGGGUACUUGACACAGAGAUGAGUGGCUAUCACUUUUUCAAUUUUACAGAAUAACUUAGUUGCAAAGUGUAUACCCUAAGCAACACAUACAAAUUAAAACAGUUAUGUUUGAGAAAAAAGUUCACUUUGAUAUCAUCUGAUCUUUUCCCGAGCGGGGGGGAAAGGGUACAAAAAAUUUCAGGGCAAAUCAAUCUCAGGGGAGGUGCACACCCCUCACACCUCCCCUUAAAAUCUGGCUAAGGCAUGUGUUUAACACUUAGCAUGGCCGCAAUAGUGCCAGCCGCUCACUCUCCUGUAACUGCAUGCAAUGUUCCACUGCCUUUGUAAAAAUCCUAAUGUUCCCUAUGGAAUUUUUAAACAUUAGAACUCACCAGGAGCAGUUGCGAAAAAAUGCAACUAUCGGCCCUCUGUCAUGAAUCGAACCUGCGUCCCUGCGAUUCCAGUGCAGCGCUCUAACAACUGAGCUACAGACAGACAGUUGUCGAUAUCUAACCACAAGUUCAUGUAUAAAUACUAAGGUGAUGUCAAUGUAUGGGUAAAUAUCAAGAUUUUGGACAUCUCAUUCGAUGAUUGACAAUUUGUUAAAUCGAGUUCUCUAUGCCCUCUUUCUCUAUGUUUAAAUAAUGGUCACACUACUCUUCUUGCAGAAGAUUUUGACGACAUUUUGUUUCUUUUUCCAAAGAACUAAGUGUGAAAAGAAAUCAAGAGAUUACGAAGGUGUUGAGACUGAUGACGUCACGAUCAUUGACAAGGAGAAGAAAAAGAAAGAACCCCGACCCAGUGUUGUGAAAACAAUAGGCCGUGUAUUUGGAAAGAUGUUCUUCUUUUCGUUUCUUUUUAAGAUUGUGCAAGACGUUUGUGUUUUUACCCAACCUCAAUUGUUAAAGUAAGUUUUUCGCAACAUGAGCUCCACCUUUGAAUUUACUAUAUGAGUAAUUCUUAAACACACCCGAAUUUAUCAUUAUGAUAAAUUCGCGGCACAAAAAAAUAGUUUUAAAAAAAGUUUUAAUAGAGUUUUAAAAAGCAAAAAAAGUUUAAAAAGUUAUAUUUUCAAAAAAGUUUAAAAAGUUAAAAAAGUUAGGGUUAGGGGUUAGUGGUUAGGGUUGGGGUUAGGGUUAUGUGCCGCGAAUUUAGUAUUAUUAUAAAUUCAAAAUGUGCCGCGAAUUUAUCAUAAUGAUAAAUUCGGACGUGUUUAAGAAUUUAUUCAUAUAGUAAAUUCAAAGGUGGAGCUCAUGCUGGUUUUUCGCGCGUUUUCACCUUUUUUGGGCGUAUGUCCAAUGAAGUGGCAAAGAGGGGUGAAAGACAAUGUCGUAAAAAUGUCCAUCACUGGUGAAAGAUCCUGCACAUUUUCUUUACCGAAUCGUAAUUUUUUUGGCUUGCCAAGUCAAAUGGCUAUUUGUGCCCUUUUUUGUAGUAAUCUCUGCCCAUGUAGACAAAUUGAACAGUUUUCUGAAAUGCUUACAGUGCAAUAUUCUCCACCCCUGGUUGGAUGGGGAAUAUUGGCAGUGUGGCAUUUAUCCGUUUCUCCGCGGUAAUACCAUACUACUGACAAUAGAUAACUACUAAACGUGCAGUUUUGAAUUAAUAAUUAAUAUUUAAAAAAUGUGAAAAUACUGUAGGUCGGAUUUUAUCUUCCUAAAUACUACCAUAUAUUGCUUUGUAAGUCGGCAAGCUAACGUUUUUAUCGAAAAAUGCGAGUCGACUUGUAGCAAUUAGUCUAUGGUAAAUGCUGCUAGGCGGGGCUUAUCACGGGGUUACGGUAGUUAACUAAAAUACAACAUGCAUUCCAACUAUUAUGAGUCUGAUUAAAAUAGAAAAAAAGUUUGUUCCUAUAUCCAAAAUAGCAAAGUCCCUUGUGUUGCAUUUUUUGCAACCGUUCCUGGUUAGGUCUUAUUAAAUUGUGUAUAUUCGGCAUUUUUUAACUUGAUAUAGUGAAUUUGACACUGAUAUUUUUGUCGCAACAUUGCGACAUUUGCUGACAAUAAUUACCAACAGGGUUUUGUUCACCAUUGAUUUUCAUAAAUACGUAAUUGAAGCAAGCAAUAAAAUGAAAUUUUGACUUUUUUCGAAAAUUUUUGGCCGACCUAAAAUUUUGUGAGUUCCAAGGGCUGAAAAUGCGAAUUCAUUUGUAGCAGGACUACCCACAUCAGAUUAAGCUAGAUUCGUCCAUGAUACUGUUCUUUUCCUGAUUGAACAGGUUGAUAAUCGAGUAUGUUGAAGAUAAAAACAAUGAGAAAAUGGAGAGUUGGACAGGAUAUAUUGUAGCAUUGGCAAUGUUCUUGGUUGCUAUGAUACAGACAAUAUGUCUUCAACAGAACUUUCAAAUAACAUUUACUGCCGGCAUGAGAAUAAGAACUGCAGUUAUUGGAGCCAUCUAUAGAAAGGUAGGUGAACACAUCUUUCCUGGAAACUUCCUCUUAUUAAUUCAUUUUUAAAGUCACAAGGUGUAGUUGCCAAAUUCGCCAGAGGCUGACUGGUCGAUUUUCCCACCUCACCAAAAAAUACACCUUACCACCUAGUUGUCGAGUACGUGUACCAUGGCUGACUCGUACCCAGUCCCUGAAGUGAUGAUUGACAAAAUUAUGGUGUAUGAAGGGAAUGAUCAAGGCUCCUGUUAUGUAUCACACUUCGCAGUCCACUGAUCUAUAUAUGUGCUUAUUGACGACUGGGGGCGGACUCGGAGAAAAACCAUUGAAGGACUGGGGAAAACUAACCCAACGCCAUGACUUACACGACCGGAAUUUGCUUAUUUGAGCAUGCGCAGGUUGUACAUGCUGACAUUUACUGAAUAUUAAUGAGCGAACUACUAAAUUAUUUCAAGGGAUAGUGCGCAAAGUAUCGAUUUAUUGGUAGAAUUUUGAGGUGAAGAAAAGACUAAAACAAUAUUAGGUGACUCAAGAAUUAAGAAAACUUUCAACUUACAAUAUUAGCCUUAUAUUGUUGCAAAGAUAAGUACGUUAAAGCAUGGAUAGAGAAACGACAGACCAUCACAACAAAAAAUCCUUGUCGUGAAUCACUCGUAAAGUUUGGAAAAGAACAAUUUAACGUCGAAUUUAACCGUGUUCAAACCCGCUUGCGCUAGACUAUAGCGGUAAUAUUAUGACUUUGUUGGGCUUAAAUUUUCCAAUACUUCUAAACUUGUUUAUAUAAAUGUUUAUAUAAUGCAUGACAUCGAUAACGAACCACAAAACUCAAAAGUUGUAAACAAUAUAUUUGAACUUCGUGACCGUGUGACAUAAACCUUACAUAAACCUUAUAUAUCAACUCAGUAUUUUUAUGAUCUAUGCCCAUGGCAUGGUCAAAGUAAAGCACACAAAAAGCGCACGAAAAUUCUUGACCGAGGCCACGAUGCUAUACAAUUUUCAAAAACUCAAUAAUUCAGGAGGAAAACACAAAGAAAAAUAGGUACGCAUUGCGUACAUGUGGGUAGCCAAAAGUUCGAUAAAAAUAGAUACAAACUGAGCAGGCUAUGAAACUAGUAGACAGAUCCAGAAGUAUUAUAAAUAUAUAUAUAUUUUUGACAAUGCCUACAUUACAAUUAAUUCUUGAUAGCAAUGGUACUUUAAUAAUUUAACUGAGGAAGAAUUUGAUUUUAAUUGUUCAAUACAGUGAGUUCAUUCAUUUACUAUGUUCAUUCAUUUAACUAUAUUAAUAAUAGGACAAAUGGCAUUUCUAAAAUUUGUCCAUAUUAGCACGCUUUUCUACGAGCAUGCCAAAUAAUCCAGUCAUCCAUUGUAAACAUUUCAGUUGUAAAGAUUUAUGUCACAAAACAUCCAGUUAAAGAUUGCUGGCGUUUACUGUACUACUGACUUUGAACAGAGUUCAUGAAACAUUUUUCUUGUUGUUUUGAUACCAUAAUGAUUGUUGUUGCCACUAUUUCAACAAUAUUAUCUCAAUUUUUGGUUCCACCAACAACAGCGUCAUCAGUAAGUAAAUAACUCUGCUGUACUUGUUGUAUUGAAUAUCCAUAUAGUAUUUCUUCAUGACAUGAUUGUAUAUUUGAAAAAGUUCUGAUCAUAUUGCAUAUUAUCCAAUAUUAUCACCAGUGUCCUGAUACAUUAUGUGAUUUUACUUAUUAGCAUAUCAUCCAAGGUGCUGUACAGUAUGCGUUUGUCGUUUCAUUGUAUUAAAGUAAAAGUUCCUCUUUUUGAAUCUUUGUUUAUCUAUAUUUUGAAGAAAUAAAUAUUGGGUUAAGGUCAUAACUUUUCCAAAGUAAAAUGCUACCUGGAAUCCCAUAUAUGUUUUACUUGGUCGAAAGGAGUAGUUACUAACAUAGGGAUUGGUGAAAAAUAUUUACCUCUUGUUGAAUGUUAUGAAAUGUUAUGUGAAGCUAUCGUUGACAUAAUCAAGUUUGAAAUGUUGCAAUUGAAUUGUAGGCAUGUCUAAAAACAGAAAGAGUAAAUACAUUAGACUAACAUAAAAACACAUAGAAAAAAGAGAAUGGGAAGAGAAGGGAAGAAAAGAAAAAAAAAAACGCUUACCUGUUAGAAAAAGUCAUGCAUUUCUAGUUUAAAAUUAGGAUAUACAUAAUAUAUAUAGUUUUGUUAGUUCUGUUUUGGAUUAAUGGGACACAGUUAUGCCAUUGCUUUAAUAUUAAUUCAGGUAUACAAAACUUAACCUGUACUAUUUUAGCCACGUUAGCAGUAAGGAUGUAGUUGUUACUUCUAUGUUUUGAUAGAGGCCCAUAUUAAUUGCUCUAUGAUCACUAAAGUAUAUGUCUCUAAAACACCAGUAUGAAUUUUAUCCUCAAUCAAAUUUGUAUAUAAAUGAUCAAAUAAUGUUGCAUUAUCUGUAGUAAAACUUGGUAUCAUUUGUCUGUAGUUAUUUUCUAAGACCAUGAGGUUAUACAGUGACUGUCGCUCAGAUUCCACCAUCCAAUUUACAUUAAAGUCUCCAAUAACAAUACUUUGAGCAGACACAUUUUCUUCAUGAAUGGUACAAAGUGCAGCAAGUAGCUGUGAUAAAGCAAUGCUAGGAGGACAAUAUAAUCCAAAUAUAGUUAGAUCUGGAUGAUCCUGUGUUUUAAUCACAGUUAAUUCAAUUCCAUUUAUAUUCCGAGCACAGGGAUAUCCAUCUGACAAUGGAGUUCGACUAUAAACAGCUGUUCCACCAUAUGGACGGGUAGGACCAGGAUAAUUAGAUAUGUCAUUUCGAAAUAACCUGUAACCAUCAAAAGUGUACAUCUCAUCAGGGUCUAAAGGACUAAACCUUGUUUCAGUAAAUAUUAAAAUGUCUGUUGAGGAGUAAUUAGGGUCUUUUCGAACAUCUUCAAUGUGUUUAUGUAGAGAUCGGGCAUUGAGGUAACAAAUUUUCAGAUCGGAGUGAUCUAACAUGUACAAAGGUGUGAAACAAAGUUUCAAGCAAUGUUCUGUUCUUAACAUUUCCAUUUCUUUUAUAACUCUUUGAUCAACAGAUAUUUUAUCCUCGCAUAGGUCAGUGAUAUAUACAGUAAUCCUUCAAUUGUUGUAACUCGGCUUAGAGCAAUGUAGGCUAUAUGUGGAAUAGUCCUGUUAGUACUUAGGUUAGCAACUAUUUGUGUCUGGGUAUCACCUUGGGAUCUAUGUAGGCCUAUAUGACUUAUAUCCCAGGUACUUGUUAAAUGUGUUGUGUUUGGGGUAAAUGUAUGACUUCUUAUAUGCCGCAUUCUAUGUUUACAACUCUUACUUAUUGUUAAAUUUGUUGUGUUUGGGGUAAAUAUACUGUAAUAUGCCACAUUCUCGGUUUAUAACUCUUACUUAUACCAUAUACAUAAAAGAGGUACCCAUGACGAUUUUGAAAUUUGGGUCCCUAUUCUGUACAUAUAUGGUAAUACUCUAGUGAACAACUACUGAACUCUUGCCUCUUGGAUUUCAAAUAAAAGUAUUAAUCACUCAAACAAAUAACGAUGGAGAUUCAAAUCAUACUACUCGACCAAACCACAAAGCACACCGACAUUUGCUAUUUGGUUGACUUUCUAUUUACAUCCUAAACAUAAACAACGGGAUUGCCUGUGUAUAAAAACCUCGCUGUUGUGACCCAACACAAUAUAUGAUUUAAUUAGCCUUUCUCACCAUCAAAGUCGCUGUUAUGUGGACUUAUCGCACGGACUUCAGCUGAAAUGCCACCCAAAAAUGGCGGCGUGAGAAAGGCUAAUUAAUACAACACCAAUCGAGCAGAUCAAAAGCAAACAAAAGGGGAAAAGGCAAAACAGCGUUGUAAAUAUUAUAAAAAAAUGAACAAAAAAUAGUAACUUACCUCUUCUUCGGCUCAUCUAUCGCAAAAUUUAGAGUAUAUUUUGAGACUUUUAAUGAGUUGGUCGCAGGUCACUUCCCACAGCCACAGAAUAGGAAGUUAUACCAGAAGCGUAACUCUAGUCGUUUCCCUUAUUGUUUGACGUCCACGAAAAUUUUAACUCGCUCACGUCAGGCCACGCCAUCCUGGCUAGUACAGCCGGAAGUUUUUAUCAGGAUUUGGUAGGUACAAAGUGCCGGUUGUACUAGCCAGGAUGGCGUGAUUGAUGACGAAUCGCUUGUAAAAACGCGGACAAAUAUUUGCUCGAGUUACGCUUCUGGUAUAACUUCCUAUUCUGUGCCACAGCAAAGGUUUGGUUUCUGAGUUUCCGACGAAAUACCGAACUUUCGAUCGCCAAACUGUCGUACUUACUUCGGCUUAUCGACCAAUUGUAUCGACCUCGCGCCCAGUGUCUUUCGUAGAUAACCAAAUUCGGCGGACAGACAUCGCGCGCUUAUCAUCGCUCAUCGUUUUUUUUGUAUAUGAUAGUGGGUAGCCCGCGAACGGGCUACCCACAAAAAUCAUAAGCGUGUCGUGGUUUUAUAUGUGAUAAAAAAUCAUGUUAAUUUACAUAAACUUUAGCUUUGAUUUUCUCGGUUUAGACAAAGUUUAUUUUAAAAAUUACUUCGCCAAUGAACUCGUAUAAGAUGAGUCGUUUUUGAAGCCAUUUAAAGCACUUAUAGUCGUGUUUUAUCACAUAUAAAACACUCCGCUACGCGUCGUGUUUUAUAUGUGAUAAAACAUUCCUACCCGUGCUUUAAAUAGUACAUAAUCAUAGGCGUACGGGGCGGUGGGGGGGGGGGCAUCAGGGGGCAGGUGCCCCCCAGUCAAAAUGAAGUCGGGCAAAUUAUAAACGUAAGUCGGGCAAAACUUGGGGGAAAUAACUUUAAAAAGAAUACAUAUGCAAUAUAGUAUUUGAAAAUACAAGAAUUAUGUAAAAGUAACGAGGAAUUUUAACGGAUUAGGAAAUUUUUGGUCGGAAAGUAGGGCACAAUGCGGAAGAGUCUGGUAAAUUUCCUUCCGCCCCCCUAAUUUUUCCCUCCCAUACGCCCGUGAUUAUAAUUUCCAGUCGUGUGUGGGUUUUCAAGAAGUCGUGCCAAAAAGUACGACCGGUAUACCAUUGAUAUGGCCCCGUGCUUCCCAAUAACCUUUUUUAUUUAACGAGGAUUUAUCGAUAAAGCUGGAGCGUUUUUCUAAUCUGCUCCUCCUAAUUCUAAAAUUAAAUUGAAACGAAAUUGACAAAAACUUGUAAAAAUACUCUACAUUGCUACGCUGAUACAUCACAUUCUAAUAUAGCCAACAUAUACUUCAACAAAUAUUUAUUGUAUAGAGAAUAAUACAUGGGUACGCGGAAAUACUAGAUUUAUUUCGAGUGUUGAACAUCUUCAACAUACUCGAUUAUCAACUCAAUUAUUGUAUAGAGAAUAAUACAUGGGUGCGCGGAAAUACUAGAUUUAUUUCGAGUGUUGAACAUGAUAUCUCACGAGUGAGCGCAGUGAACGAGUGAGAUAUCAUGUUCAACACGAGAAAUAAAUCUGUUAUUUCCAAGCACCCAUGUAUUUUUCUUUUUAUUAUAUAAACAAAAUUCAGUGAAAAACAAUAAAACGUCCGUGGCAAUGCGUUUUACAACAAAUUAUAUUUUCACACGUAAAAAUAUCGUAUUUUUUACGUGUGUUUAAAUACGAUUUUUCUCAGUGGCCAAAAAUUCUAUAUAACACUUAUAUAAUAAAAAUGUUUAUUAUACUGUACUGUACUGUACCGUACCGUACCGUACCGUACCGUACCGUACUGUACUGUAUGCAUUUCAGAGCUUAAAAUUUAAUAAGUGUUAUCACUGGGGUGGAAUACUCUAAUAUGUGUUGUGGAGAGUGCUUAUGUGAUAAAAGUAGGCCGGCUUACUUUACGGCCACUUUUCUUUUGACAGGCGUUAAUCUUGAGCAACGCAUCGCGUAAUUUGUCUACUGCUGGUGAACUGGUGAAUCUCAUGUCGGUUGAUUGUCAAAAAUUAUUGGAAAUUUCAUCGAAUUUUUCGAUGAUUUGGUCAGCACCGUUACAAAUUAUUUUUGGUUUAGUCUUUUUGUUUCGCACGCUUGGUGUGUCAGUCCUCAGUGGUGUCGCUAUGAUGAUUCUACUUACGCCAAUGAAUAUAGUUUCUGGAAAACUUGCACAAAAAUACCAGGUAAACUCGUAGUUUAUACAAAAUGAGCACGGUUAAUUGAUUUUGGAUAGUCAAUAAAUAUCGUUAUAUAGUGAUUUAUUUACCUGUGAGGGGGAUCCAACUGUAUCUGGUAGGGAGAUACUGAGCGGGUACUGAUCACGAAGCAGUGCACAAUAUUCGAAGGAGGCACGAUGCAUCAUCACAAGAGGCAGAGCUUGCUAGAAAAGUUUUGAAAGGUUGCCUAGAUGGUCAAAGAAGCAGGCCCGAUAUUUCAUAUUUGCAUGUUUGAUAAUUAAAAUUUGGGUUUAAUUCGGAAAUUGGAACCCCUCCUGCAACCCCUUGGCACAGAGCAAGUAAAUACAGAGGUCUCACUUCAGGUUAAUUUAGCGUAUAAGGGAUUUUUUCAGUCCGCCAUGUUCUUGGCAAGUGCCCUAGAGAUAAAACCUCGGACCCGCGAACAGGCUGCGUAAGAGACUACCUAAAGAGAGGCUGUCACUCCCCUGAAAACAUAUUGAAAUUUAAUGUUCCAGGGGGUGAAUGACUCUCUUCAGGUCACUUGCUAAGAACAUGCAUGGCCGUCAACUAAAUUUUAGUAAAAACUGCGGUUUUCCCGCAGAAGUGAGACCUCUCUGUAUGUACUUACUCUGUGCUGCCCUUGGCCUUGGGUAAUGGUAGAAGGGUGCACACCCCCCUGAUCCCUAGUAAAUCCAUCCCUUGCCAACUGCGCAGGCAACUCUGCGACAAAUGGCCAAUUACGCAGUAGAUAAACAUGCACAAGAUACAUAGUCUUAAAAAAUUCAUUAAUAAUUCACGAGGAAAAUACAAAAUAAAUGAAUAUUUAAUCAAUGUUUGUAAAUCGGAUAAAGAUUUGUCCUGAUUUACAUAAACUUCAGCUUUGAUUUUCUCGGCUUAGACAAUGUUUAUUUUUAAAAUUACUUCGCCAAUGAACUCAUAUGAUGGGUAAUUUUUUAAGUACGAUAAAACAUUCGCAUCCGAUCUGUAUCUGAUAUACAAACUCUCGCCUUCGGCUCGAGUUUGUAUAUCAGAUACAGAUCGGCUGCUCAUGUUUUAUCUAGUACAUAAAGUUUAAAUGGUAGAGACUGGAAAUGUUAUUCAAAGUUACUCAAUAAUUUCUGAAGGUUAACAGUUAUUUUAUGCGCGUUUUUAGAAAAAGCAAAUGGCUCACAAAGAUUCCAGACUUAAAAUCAUGAAUGAAAUUCUAAAUGGCAUCAAGGUGUGUUUGUACUACCGCAUUUGAACUAAGAAGUCUAUUUAUAAUCUUUCAAAAAUUUACCAAAACAGCUAGCUAAGAAUAGUUAUGUGUAUCUAAUCCACGAGCCAACGGCGCGAAGCGCCUUUCCGGGCGUUAACCCGUGGCAAGGGUACUAAUUCUGCUCGGCUAUUUACACCAGGGGAAAGGAAAGCAUUAGCGAAGUCUAAACUCUAAAGUCCAUCAAUAAUCGUGGGCGCGUGACUAUGAUUCAAGGGUGGACUCCAAUGGCUGUUUGGCAGGAAUGAGAUAAGGAAGAUUUCAAUUUUCAAAAACAUAUAUUGGGAAAAUUAUUUGCUUUGAAGCAAAUUUUGUUUGAAGAAAUGAGAACAAUUGAUGUAUUAUGGGGGGCAAGUUUGCUUUGAAUGUUUAAUUAUGUUUAUGAAUAUUGUUGCUUUAAUUUUUUGCCUAAAACACGCACUGCUUUCCUUUUCAAUGAAGUUGUAAGUUUCUUAAAUUGCUAUAUUUAAUUUAAGAAAAAAAUGUUAAAUGUACUAAGGAGAGGAAAUUAAUUUGAAGACCGAACUGAAAUUACUCAACAAUUUGAACUCAUUUUGUUGUAUUGAGUAAAAACAGUUUAUCGGCAAAAGCAGUUCUAACAGUUGAAUGAACAUUACAAAACAUUUUACGAAGCGAAUUUAUGUUAAAUAUUACAUUAAGUCAAAGCUCACAAAAUGUAAAUCUAUAUUCAGUGAUAAUUUAUAUGUCAUUGUAUACCUGACCGUUGAGAAGGCAACCGUCAUUAUAAAUAACGUUUUCCAGGCCUUGCCCUCACAAAAACCAAGGUGUUUGCCUGUAAUAACUGUAGUAUAUUUAGUACUGUCCACACCAAAAGCAAUCUAUAAAUAAACUUGACAUGCAUGUCAUUAAAAUUGUUAAGGCGCUUAGCAAAACACGUGUGCAGUCUUGUUUAAAGGUGCGUGUUAGGCGCGCGCGCUCGAUUAAAUUUUUCUGGUUUACCUAUAAAUAACCGUACUGUAUUUUGGUUAAUAUUCAUGGUUAGAUUUCCUGGUCAUUUUGAUAGGACUUCCCGAUAAAAUUAACCGGACUAUGUUUGGUGGAUAAACACCCAGGGGCCCCUGUUUACAUGAUUGCAUAUUAAUUUAUCUUGGUUAUCUCAACCAAGACGUCCUGGUCAAAUAUAAUCAUAUCCCUGUUACAUUAACCAAAAUGUGGUAGGAAGUGCAAUACAAUAACCAGGAAAUGAAACCAGGAAUGUAUUAACCCAGAAAGUGUUAUUUCUAGAUCAACCAGGAAAUUUUAACCCGAGUGUUUUUAGAAUGCAUAUGUUAUAUCAAGGUUCCUGGUAAUAUACAUAUAUUUAUCUUUGUUGUUUUAAUCUGUUACAUUUUCCUACAGGUUUUAAAGUUGUACGCCUGGGAAAAGUCAUUCAUUGAGAAAGUGUUGGGUAUCCGUAAACUUGAACUGCGUCAACUCAAACUUUCGAAGUUCGUCUGGUCUGCACUUUCAUUCACAUAUCUCUGUGCGCCAUUUGCUGUAAGUUAUGGUGUAGUGUAAUGUAAUUUAGCAGCUGUGGUCACCAAUGUAACCGAUGUGGUCACCAAUGCAAUGUCAAGGAAAGAGAAAAACAUUUUUCACCUCUUCAUGGGACUUACUUUCUUUGUAUCUGUCUUUGUAGUUGCAUGCAUUUGACUUUUUCAUUCGUGAACAAUCACUAAUUCUCUUUCUUAAUUCCUUCUUUCUCUUCUCUUUCUCUAUUUUCUUUGUUAUUAUUUUAACCUUUUCUUUCUGCUGGCUUCAAACAUUUUCUGGGAAACCAAUGGUUCCAUGAUUUUCUGUUGCUUCUCACCCACCUGCUAAAUUAUUACCAGUUAUUUGUAGGUGACUUUCAUACAGGGAUUACAUCGAAUGCGAGUUCAAAUUAGUUCAAGGUUGAACCAUUAAAAAUUAGACUUUCUUUUUCAUUAGGUCUCAGUGGUCACAUUUGCCACCUAUGUUUUACUGGGCAAUACCCUGACAGCUUCCAAAGCAUUCGUAGCACUGGCACUGUUCAAUAUUCUACGUUUUCCUUUGACUGCCUUACCAUGGAUGCUCAUGAAUAUUAUACAGGUACGACAACAAGCUGACGUUUUGUGCCCACCGGGGGCCGGUUGUUCAAAAGCCGAUUAGCUUAACCCUGGUUUAACCUAAAAUUCAAAGCAAACGUCCUGACAACUUGUUUAUAAAUUUGGAAAUAUUUCUUCAAAAAUCUUGUCUGGAUCGAUAGAAAUUUUCUUCUCUAAAGUUUUGAAAUAAACAGACGUGCAGAAAUGCACAAACUAAAAUAGCAGGUUAAAUUUUAACCGAGGGUUAGCGCUAACCCAACUUUGAACAACCGGCCCCGGGUAAAUACUUCGCUCCACGAGCAUGGGCCUGGGAACGAGAAUGUCCAAGGCAAUACGGUGGUUCUGCCUCCUACUAUGGAUAAUAAAAUAAAUGGAUAGGACUGUAGCUGACGUCACAGUCUAAACCUAGUUGCAAUCUGUGACGUCACGCGUAUUGCCAAAGUUCUCGGCAUUUUUGUUGUUUCGCUAUAUUUCCGCUUUAAAAGAGUAAUAUUGAAGCAUAAACUGGUCUAAUUGUUUUAAAAACAUGCCUAUAAGCCACGACAAAGUAUUCAAGGUAAAUGUUUUUCGUCUUUGUUUUGUAUUUUUUUUACAUUUGUAGCUACGAAGUUUAGCUGUAUUAUUGCUAAACAUGCCGUUUUUGAGAAUUUGGUUUGCAACUAGGUUUCAACAUCCAACCACGCCAUCAUCCCAUUGAAAACAUUAGGUCACGUCAGCUAGAGUCCUAUCCAUUUAUUUUAUUAUCCAUGCAUGCUCCUACACAGGUCCUGCUGCAGCUUGGGAAGGUCACACACAAAUUAUGCAGGGACUGCGGAAUCUUGUAAAAAAUUAGUCAUUAUUUUGCCAAUUAAAUAUGCAGUAAUGAAUUCUAGUAUUUAAGUAGCGAUAGUUUCAGCUAAUCGCAAAUACAACUUUCGGCAAAAUCGUAUCUGAUUGAUCCGUUAUAUUUUUUCCUUAGCAACGCGUAGCAAUCAUGAAAAUUCACUUUUCGUUGGUCUUUUACGACCUUUUAUAAAUUUAUGGAGGAGAGUGCCACAGUAAAUUAAUUUCUCUGUAGACCACUUGCACAAAGACGGAUUUAAAUAUUAUUCCAUGUGGAACAUGAUAAGCCUUCUUGGUCUCGCUUGUGUGACUGAAUUUGAAUAUAAAUUUAGAGGAUGUGAGCAUAAAAGAAUUAGAGCAUAAAAUAUGCGCAUUAAAUCUGUCUCAAUUAUGAAAAUGGUCCAUUUGAUUUUUAGGAUAUGAUGAAAACCAGACUAACUUUUCAUUUGCUGCGCAUGCGCAAAUAUAGGCAAAUAAUAAGGAAUGCAGUGAUAACUUCUAGAGUGAAAAAUUUGAUCAAUUAAGAUGAUGUUUUUACUAUAUAAAGAUAUUCAUUUUCUUUUUAUAAUGACCUAAUAUUUAAAAGUCGACCUGUAUAUGCUGAGUUGAUAUUAUUUUGCAGGCUAUGGUUUCAGCAAAACGUAUAGAAACAUUUCUGUCCUUGCCCGAGUUGGACAGCGAAAAUGUGAAGAAAAGAUCUGAGACUGGUGAGUUACCUUUGCUCACUUUAAUUUCUCAAAUUCGAAUGCAUGCAUGCAUGCUGCAAUUUCGUAUUUUAAAUCCAAUAGUUUUAAUUUAAUCAAGUUUUGCUGCAUACAAAAAAUAAAUACUAGAUAAAUAGUAAUAUGCAGAAGAAACAAUACAAGGAAACUAAAAGUGAUUCCACAAAAAAAUGAUCAAAAGGAUCAUGCAAAAAAGGGAUUAAUAAAAUAAACCGAAUGUUAUUCUACGCAUCCCAAGAGACACAAGAUCAAUCAGGAUCAUAAAAUACGGUUUUAUAGAUGUACUGUUGUUUUUUGAUAACGCUACCGCGGAAAGUUCUAAUAUUUUCAGGUAGGUCGUUCCAUAAAUGAACUAUUCGGUUAAAAAAGUUUGCCUUCUGAUCAGACGAAUUGCCCUAAAAGGUCACGUGAUCUGAGUCCUCCUAAAAUAGCAGUAAUGCCGCAAUUUAUAACUUAUAAUAUGGAUACUGGGGUAUGUUGAGUUUUGAUGUACUAAGCUUGCUGCCAUAUUUUAGCCCGUGACGUGGCUAUAAACUAACAUUUUCAAUGCACUUAAUAAAUCUUCUUCAAAGCAAAUCUUUAAACCCAAACUUCAAGAAACAUCAGAAGAUGGUCUGAUAUCACGCGACAAGUUUAGAAGAGACGAACACGCUUUAACACAAAAGUUGGAUGACUUAGAUUUAUCAUCCAACAUGGUAGCCAAAAACAAACUGUAUUACAGUACUUUGAAAAGUUACCAUCCUUCCUGAAACCAGGCAUGAACAUUAUGAAACCGUUAAUUUUCCAGAGGUUUUAUUCAUAAAAUAUUGGGUUUGGAGAGGAUUAAGAUAAAAAUCAGGUUUGUCUCACAGGGGUCGUGCAUGUCCCUUGAAUUCCUUGAGAAGUGCUUUUUCAAUACAAAAUAUGUUAAAAGACCUUGAAUGUAUCCAUGUAAUGCACAUAUGGGCCACUAAAAAGGGUGAAUUUCCCUAGUGUAAAGGGAACCCCCAAAAAACAAUCUUCAAUUCUCUAAAAGUGAAUAAACCAUACUGUGUCAAAUAGUCUCUCAAGGUUCGGUCACACGAGGCAACAAGUUGCAGGGAUUGGUGGCAGGGACAAAUUUCAUCGUGUGACAUAUGUACAAAUAUUGUCGCGUGGAUUGAUUUUUGCAUGAAUUGUCAUGCAUGAAGUAGUCAUGUUGCCAGAAGUCUAAGAGUUUUAGGAAUCGAAAGGCCUAGAAAGGACUUCAGCGUUAAGCAAAUUGUUUUGUACUUUGAUAAUUCACCGAGCACGUUUCUAAAUAAUGCAUAUCAUGGUUGGCAGAAACAGGCAUUUUUUCCUCGGGAAUUUAUUUUAUUGUUAAUGAUACCCUUAAGUCUUAACUGUCAAUGUCUGUUAAAAGUUUUAGUAUCAUUACUUAUAUUCUUCAGUUCAGAGUCCAUUCGAAAAUUAUCUUCUUUUUGUUUCUUCCAUAUACUUCAGAUGAUUGUCUUCUUUUGUUCCUUCUUAUUUUCUUCCAUACUUCAGAUGAAGUUAUCAGUAUAGAUGACGGUACCUUCUCGUGGGCAGAAAACCAACCUGCCAUUCUCAAGAAGUGAGUAUUAGUAUUAUUUAAGAUAGAGUUUGGAAUUAGCUCCUCGAGUGGGAUGAUGCUUUGUAGAGCUGCUCCUAUCGGUUCAUUACUGUAAUCGACUAAUCGUCAUCAACAAUCGAUUAAACUUGUCUACGGCCAAUGGACAUUUGACGAUUAAUGCGCACUAGUAGUAUCAGAGAAAUAAAAAAAUUUUCAUUUGAUCACAUCGACAAUACGGGAAAGAAGUUAUUCAAGUAUGCUAUAUCAUACACGGCUGUUUUGUUGAUAGGCAAAAACACAAAAAUAAUCGAUCUUCGAGAGCAGCUCUAAUACUUUACAAUUUAACUAUAUAGCAUUAAGCAAUUCGAUUACACUUAAUUCAUAUUUGAUAAUAUUUUAUUUAGUAUCAACUUUCGUAUAAAAAAGGGAUCUUUGGUUGCUGUUGUUGGUCAAGUUGGUUGUGGAAAGUCUUCCUUACUUUCCGCAUUGCUGGGAGAGAUGGAAAAAUCAAGCGGGCAGGUCGUCAAAAAUGUACGUAUAGAUCUUAUUUGAACUAUAGUAAUAGAACACGUCAUGCAAUUAUCGUGUGUCCAUACAAUUCUCGAAACACGCUUGAAAAAAAUGAGAUUUCAGUAUAACUUGGUCAAUUUUAAAACACGCGAUUUCUUACCCCUGCGGAUUGAAAAGAUGUAAUAUAUUUUUGGCGAAAAAAUACGUAUCAUGAAAGAUGAUAAACAAAGAUCGGCAAUGGGUUCGACUUGUUAGCACAAAAGUUAAUUUCAAAUAAAUAACUAAAGAACGAGAGAAGUGCAUGAAAUGUUUGAACGUCCAUCCGCCCACGUUUCGACUAUAAUCAUUUAAGCAGCUCACUUUUUCGGAACAGUGCCGGCACUAGGCGCCCCCACCCCAAGACUUUCUGAAAGCCCUUGAAUGAUAUAGCUGAGUAACUGUGUAACAAAGCUGUAACUGACAAUACUUGUUCAACCAUGGAAGCACUGGUAGUAGGCCAUAUAUUGCAUGACAUUUACGGCAUACAAAACGUAGUCAUGUGAUGGCAACAAAAGGUGGUCAUGUGAUCAAUAUUUCGGAAUUUGUAAGUCGUAUUGUUUCGGAGUUUGUCAGCCACCUGAAGAUUCCUUUAUUGGAUGAAACAGGCUGCAGUGGUAACCUUUUGGUGAGUGGAAGCCAUAUUUGCUCUAUCUUUAUGAUAUCGAGCACUCUUUAUCAUUUAAACUCAUGCAUGCUCUAAUAUUCUUUGUAUAUUAUUCCAUUCCCAGGGAUCAACAGCGUAUGUUCCUCAGCAAGCUUGGAUUCAAAAUGACACAGUGAGAGAAAAUAUUCUGUUUGGGAAAUGUUAUGAUCCUAAACGUUACCACAAAGUAAUUGAUAGCUGUGCAUUGACACCAGAUCUUGAAGUUCUUGCUGGAGGAGAUAAAACACAGAUCGGAGAGAGGGUAAGACACUGGUAAAAUUAUAAUUAGAGAGCUUAAGCAAGCCACGUUUUGACAACACGCACGCCAAACGGAAGUCAAUGGAGCUGUUAUAGAUGGCGAGUGGUGGUGAUAGCCGUUCUUAUUUGAAACCACGAACGUGAAACACAGCUGAAACGGUAACCUGCAGGAAAAAAGUGAGGCAAACAAAAAUGCCAACGCCACCUGACACCACUGCUUAUGCAUGCUGCGUACCCCACAAUUGCUAACGCCGUCGAAUGUCAUCAGUCAUCACCAGCUCGCAGAGUAGAUAUGAUACAGAGGUUCGACUCUGACACCGCCCUGAACGUCCACUAUUUUGAAUGUUUUAGGGGUUACAGCAUCUUCUUAGCGCAUUGGCUAGGACCAUGGCGGGGACCAUGAACAUCAAAAUUUAGGCAGAUAGCGAAAUUACCGCGGAUAUCUACGUGGUGCGCGGCUGAAAAAAGUACCAGACCGAAAUAUUAAUGGCGUACUUCCCGUGCAUAAAUACGCGGUUUAUCCUACCCUGCAUUGGUGAAAUAGCAUCUAUUUGCAAUAAAAUAAAUGCUAUAAAUUAUAUGGCUAGGGUUGCGAAUCAUGCUGAUAUUCUCCAAUAAAGACAUCCACGUCACCACGUGUAUUUAAAAAAUCGGUCAACGCUCUUUCAAAUGUGGAUUUUCUCCGGGUACCCUGGUUUUCUCCUAUAAAUAUAGGAAUGUUGGCAGUGUGGGUUAGGAUAUAGUGUAUAUUAGAUCCACAAACACAGAAGCGUUAGCUACAGGUAAAUACAUAGCAUGAUUAUAUGAAUGCCAUUAUUGCUAUACAACAUAACAACAUAAAUAUUAAAACAUAAUUUGAAAUCAUAUAUACAGAAAGUCAUGGUUUUAUCCAUGCAUGCAUUGUUUUAGGGUGUAAAUCUGAGUGGUGGUCAAAAACAGCGUAUCAACUUGGCAAGAGCUGUGUAUUUCAAUGCAGACAUUUAUUUACUUGAUGAUCCUCUCAGUGCAGUGGAUGCUCAUGUUGGUAAACAUAUCUUUGAUCAUGUCAUUGGACCUCAAGGUUGCCUUAAAAAGAAAGUAAGUUUUUGUUAUAAGUUUUUAACUACCCAUGAAGAAUAGUUAUAACUUACUCAAGGAUAGUAAUGACUUACUCAAAAUGUAGAGGGGCCGGUUCUAUCCACCGGAUAGUGAUUUUUUCAACCUUCCUGAAAAUGGCUGAAGGCUAAAAACUGUGUAUCUACAGGUAUGGACCUCGCAAUAAACAC